AUGGGUGACCAGCCAUACUACUAUCAAAACGGAGGAGGAGCCGGAGCAACCGGAGAAAAGGGAUACCCGCCACAGCAAGGCUACCCACAACAGGGGGGCUAUUCACAACAACAACAACCACCAUCCUAUGCUGGCGGCUCGCAACCACCGUACCCCCAACAGCCUCAGGGAAGCUACCCUGCUCCACAGCAGGGAUACGGAGGGCCACAGUACGGACAACAACCGCAAGGACAGUACUACGGUCAGCAACAACCAACGACAGUCUAUGUGCAACAGCAACCUCAGAAGAGUGAUAACAACGGACUGUUCGCCGGACUGUAA